AGUGUCGGUGCAAGAUACAGUAGACGCCAGUUAUUCACUUCACAAAGGCAGCUGGUUGAAAGCCCAAAGGAAAGUGCAGAGGAGCUACGGAAUGGCUUCCGCAUGCAAUGGUAGACCAUCAACAGAACUCAGUUAUGACACUGUUCAACAAGUUGUGUUUGUGGCAUCAAUUAACACCGUCCCGUUCACACCUAAUUAAAAUGUUGAGAACACGCCAAAGUAUAAUAGAUCCAAGUAAGUAAGUUUCUCAUCUGCUAAAGGAAUACUAUAACUCUGAAUUUUAGUCCAAAUACUUGUGUUUGAGAACCCAACUAUUAACUGGACACGUCACAUUGAAAUUGUUAUGAAUACAUACAGACCCAAGAGGGCAAGACCCAUCAGAAACAUGUGCUUCAGCAUAGGAAUCAAACACAUCAUGUGCUAGACCGAAGCAAGCUUUUCAACCCUAUGUCAACAGAGAGUAGAUUGAUCAGGUGCAUGAACAAUCUAUCCCACUUGGGUUAAGUGAGUCCUCACCGUCACGGAGAUUGUUCAAUCACUCAAUAUGGAACCCGUCACUGUUCCCUCCCUACAAGUUGCCAAUAGCCAUGCUCUCGACACACCUCUUGUUCGCCACGCGCCUACACGGUUCGGUAUGGCAGCCAACCAAUGCCCACCCAGUUAUGACUAUAUAGGCUCCAGCAUAUACCAAACAUUUGGCCCCACUGCAAUCUAAUCCAAAUGAAUCAUGUUGCGACAUUGCAUGCGCUGAUCCCAUGGCUCUGUCCCCUGCCAGCUCUUCUCAAUGAAAACCGUACUUCACCUUCAUAAUGCCCUUUCCCUCACCUAUAAAAUCAGUAAGCUCCUAGCUCAACACCAUCACUUGUUCAUCACCCCAUCCACCACCAACUGAGCAUUGCGUCAUCUAUCCCACUUCUUCAGAUUUCCAGCUGAAAACACAAAGGCCAAAAAACCAACCAUGGUCGGCGCCAAGAGACUUGCUCAACUGGCAAAGAAGUGGCAGAGAGUGGAAGCACUGAGGAGGAAGAGGCUCACCGUCUCAGCCAAAGAAGAUCAAGACUGCUGCAGUUCUGCACCAGCCAAGGGCCACUGUGUCAUGUACACGGCCGAGGGGAUGCGUUUCGAGGUACCCUUGGUGUACCUCAGCACAACAGUCCUCAGCGAGCUCCUGAGGAUGUCUCGGGAGGAGUUUGGUUUUGCAAGUGAUGGCAAGAUCACACUGCCUUGUGAUGCUGCAGUGAUGGAGUAUGUCAUGUCCUUGCUCAGGAGAAACGCCUCCGCCGAGGUCGAGAGUGCAUUGCUGAGCUCUAUGGUGACGUCUUGCCACUACACUGGAUGUGCAAUGCCUACUGUUGGAUCCAGCCAACAGAUUUGUUGUUUGUAGCUUCUGAAGAACCUCUGAUGUUGUCUUCUGUCUUGUGUACUUUGCCUGGAUAGUGUAACAUAGUUAGACAGCAGACAAUAAGAGUAGGAAAAUUGUGUGCGUACCGCAGCAAUCAACGGUUUCAUCAAUGCAACAAAGCAGUAUUAUGGCCAUUCUCCUCUUACGUUUCAGUUUUAUACAACUGUACAAUAGACCAACAACGGUUGCAACUAUUUUUAGAUGUCGGUAGUUCCAUCCUGCUGCACAGAGAAUACACAACUAGUUGACACACAAUUUGUCGUCUAAGCCAGUAUAUUAAAAAGGUCAAAAGGUUGUGAAUUUGCGAAAUGACCAUGUGGUACAGGAGCCAUUCUAAUGAUAAAUCCUAUGGAAAAUUAUUGCAG